AUGACAGACGAAUUCGUGGUAGAUAUCACGGUCUUUCCGCACCCACCAGAAUUAUUAAUGCAACUUACUCUGAAAGAUCAUAAAAUAAAAUUCGAAGGACGGACGAUCAAAAUGUUAAAAGCAUCGAGUUCUGAAACAGUACUAGAAUACGAUUGUUCUAUUUUAUUAUACAAGCCAAUGAAGCACCCAGGUCAGCGAGAAAGAAUGGUUCUUUCUAUCCAAUUCGCAAGCACGCCGGGAAUGAAGUUGGUAUUCAAUAAUUCCAACCGAAAUUACGUUGGCUAUGUAAUUGAGAAAUUCAAUGCAUUCCUUGAAGCGAAUAAAGCUCAUGUACAUCAAAAACGCGUGACAAUCGAAAACGUCCCUACUGUUGAUCCACACCAAAUUAUAACUUCAUCAGUUCCAAUCAAAAAAAGAAGAGCUGAAUGGGAAUUUCAAAUCGGGAGAGAAGGAAAUAGUACACAAAAAUUGAUUCGUUUGGACAAUGCGAUCAAUUACACACAACAAAGCGAACAAGUUGAAGACCUCAACCCGUUUAACGAGGUAGUAUCAAAUGGAAAGGACAAUAUUCCUGUUGAACAAAAUGAGACAGUCACUGUCAAAGGUCAAAUUAUCACAGAUGGAAACGAAGCUUUCUCAGCAAAUCAGAGAAUUGAGAAAGGAGAGGUGAAAGAUGUCCGCAACGUUAAAGAGGAACGUGUAACUCAAGAGGCAAUGAACUCCAAUUAA